AUGUAUCAGAGAAAUACGUCGAUGGUUCCAAGACUCCAACGUCUUCAUUCAAGUAUGAAUGAUGAUAAGUAUAAUAACAAGCCAACCGUACGUGGCAGCGUUGCGGGUAUCGAAAAGCCAAUCCGUCCUCUUCUCUAUGCUCAUGCCGACAUGUACGUGUCUCUGACAGUGGCUCCUCUCCAUGGUGUAGUCCAGAUCCCAAACGCCGUAAAAUGCAAUGCCAUGCAACCCAUCUCAAUACACACUCCCUUGAUCAUCAUGUCCAUCAUCAUCAUCAUCAUCAUCAUCAUCAUCAUCGUCGUCGUAGUCAUAAACCAGAUCUUGUAA